AUGGCAGACCCAUCUCAUUUAGGCCUCCCAACGCCUUCCAAGAGCCAGAGAAGCAAGGAUGAAGCCAUCAUCAACCGGGGAAGAGAACACAAAGGACUCACAGGCAGCUUCUCAUCAAACCUUGCACAGCGAACACCUGCACAGACAUGCCGCGAGCCAAAGGCUAAGGCCGGGGCUAAUGGUUUUGUGAAAGCGCUCGUUGCCAAGCUAGAGUCUUCUGAUGACAUUUCGACCAUGUCGUCUAUGUCUAACUUGUCUGCCGGUAGCACCUCACCCAAAAGCAAGCAGCCAGUCAGUCCUGUGUCGUCACCAUCACCGGAUUCCUCGUACCAAAAGCCUCCGAAUGUCCCACAAACAGCGCCUGGCGUUGAAGGGUAUUCUUUAACAUUCCUCAAGUAUCAGCAGUAUUUUGCCCGUGACAAGCCGCUUUAUCGUUGCCUUGACGAACAAGAGACUAGUUCAGACUCUUCCAAGACCCGUGUUGUCUUCAGAAGCAGCGGAGGCGAAACACCGUUGCCUGAAGACUUGCAGAAAAUAUUGAGAGGCCCAGAGACACUGAACCAGGAAGCUCAACCGCAACUCAAGCGUGGCGAAGCCAUAACCUCACAGAGCGCUGAUCACAACGGCGCUGGGGGAAUCCAAGCCAAGACUGAGAAUAAACAACCUCAGGAUGGCAAUACCAACCAGAGAGAUCCCGAAGAGGUCAAGGCCUUUUGGGACCAUGUUCGAAAUUACCUAGCGCCAUCCGAUUCCGAAUCAGAUGAGCCCGAGGCUCCGAGCAAGAGUCGCGGUGACAAGAAACAUCGCCGCAGCAAUAGAGAAGCCGCCUCGUCUCUCCCGCCGCACCGCAAAGCAAACUCCGCACCAAACGUAGAUGUUCGGGGUUAUUUCAGCCCUCCUGGACGGAUACGGUUCCUCUCGGUAGAGGAGAAGAUGAUGGAAAUCGAUGAAUUUUUCGGUACUGAUGACAACAACGAGGAGACCAGCGUUCGAAGAUGA